AUGUCUCCCUCCCAAUUCACCGACAAACUUGCAGGCCAACGCGUGCUGUUAGUGGGCGGAACAGGCGGCGUCGGAGUCAGCGUUGCCCAAGCCCUGCUCGAGUUCGGAGCAACCAUCGUCCUAUCAUCGUCCCACGAGUCCAAAGUCAAAGACGUCCGUGCAGCACUACUCCAGGACUACCCGGAAGCAAAGGACAGGAUAUCCGGCUAUCCAUGUGAUCUGGCCAGUCCCGACGUCGAAUCCAACAUCGAGCAACUCUUCAACCAGGCCGGAAACGUGGAUCACAUCGUCUACAUGGCCGGCGAUCGACUGCCCAUGGUUCCACUGGAAGAAGUCACCUUGGAGAAUUGGCAGAAAUACAAUCAAGUUCGGACUAUUGCGGCCAUCCUUGUCAUCAAAGUCGGUGUCAGGCACAUGAAGAAGGACCGACACUCGUCCAUCGUCUUGACUGGCGGUUCGAUUUCCGAGAAGCCGAUUGCUGGUGGCUGGUCUAUGCUGGCUCUGAUGGGCGCUGGUCUCAAUGGUCUCGGCCGACAGCUGGCCUAUGAUCUGGCACCCAUCCGAGUUAACAUCGUCGCACCAGGGGUCAUCGAGACUGAUCUGUGGCAGAGGAUGGGCGAGGAUGGGAAAAGAGCAUUCUUCGCUGAGCAUGAAGGCAAGAUCCCCACGGGCAAGGUUGGACAGCCUGUGGAUUUGGCAGAGGCGUACCUGUACUGUCUGAAGGAUACGAAUGCCACGGGCGUGGUCGUGCACUCAAACAGUGGAACGUUUCUGGUGUGA